CAAACAAACAGAGAAGUCGCUCUCUUGUCCUUCGAUUUAUCGCACCGUUUGUUUGAACAAGUGACGAAACAGAAACAGCUCGGCUCCCUUGGCUCCUUGGCUCGCGUAGUAGUAGGCCUCACGCAAUUAGUAUUCAACGCUUGAUCAUACUCUGCACGAAUGGGUAUCACGUGUAUCACAUGUAUCACGUAACUAUGCGUCGAAGAAGAAGGAAAAAAGAAAAAAGAAAAAAAAAAAACAAAGAUGAUAAAGUCCCAUCCGCCUCGGACGGCGCAACUCCUCGACGUAACUUCGCAACGAGCAUCGCUGCUUUGUGCCACACCGAGAUCUCGCGAUGUAAUCACACGAAGGUACGAGAAAGUACCGUCCGAUACGUACCGUUAAUUAGCCUCUCGUCUAUCAAUUAUAAACGCGCUGCGCUCGUUGCUGCGCGGACGUUCAGUUUCGAGCGCUUUCCGAUUUACCGAGCACCGUCGAUCGACGCAGAGCCGAGAAAGAGCCGAUCACCGCGCGAGGAUUAGGACGACGGGGGUUGACGGGGGCUGGCUGGACGCGGCUCCGGUCACCCCCCGCGAGAUUCCCCACGUCUACCGUACGACGAGAACGACACUCGAAGAGGAAGAUGGUGGGCGACAGAGACGGCCGAGUAUCCCGGUCGCCUAGUGAAAGUGCCUCCGAGCCGGUUCACGUGCUUCAACCUCCCCGAGUAUAUCACGAGACGAACUCUUAGCAACCGACUCAGUAUCAUCUUCACCAUCAUCCUUCAACUUCCUGAACCUCCUCGGCGUCCUCUGCCGUGCGUUCGAUUCUCCGGUGCGGUGCGCUUUCAGGAGUUCAGGUACUCUCCGCGAGGCCACGACGAGCGAUUCUACCGCGAGCUUCGAUCGAGCGGAGCGGAGUCGUUUGGGACGACUGCGGUGAAUCCAAAGGGACGCGGUACGUGCUGCACCGCGUCUAAACUAAAGCUACGUUUGAAUCGGAGAAUUUGUCGCAAGCUACUCAAGAUCACAGCCGGCCGCUGGAUUGGAAGGAUGAGCUCGGCUAUAUAGCUGCAGGCGGUAAACGGGAUGAUGAUCGCCAUGAAAACAAUUAAGCGAGGAGAUUGGUGCCGAUUGCUGCUGGUAGCCGCGAUCUUGGGGCGUGCCAAUGCAGAAAAGCACAAGCGGCAGAUCUUUCGAGAACAGGUGCUGCCGGCGCUAGGUGGCAAGAUUCCGGAGGAGGCUUUCCGAACGGACCGUCUGGCGCUGAAUCGCUUGAACAAGGAGGGCAUCACCGUGCCGGACGGCGUGGUGUUCGACGCCCGGCACGUCCAGAAGCAUCCUCAUCCUGAUCAAAGAAUGCCGGAGAUCAUCAAGGUUUACCUGACGUCGGACGGUCGAUACGUGCCGCCGGAAGGUCGAUUCCAUUAUAACCAGCCGAAAGCCGUAGACACGACUUACAUUAUACGAAGGCCAUUCAUGCGGCCGAGCCACAAGCCGUCCGACAAUUUCGAAAGCGCCAAACUCCGAAGCUAUCCCAAGAUUGCACAGACUUACACCAAUUAUGGACCAUUCGUGCCGAUCGCGCCGCCCUCCAAGCCGGGUGUUUACAAGCCCGCCAUAACGCCGCUGAUACUUCCGGCAGAGGGUCUGCUUGAUUUAUCAAGCUGGAGGCCUGAAUACGACUGGGACACCGUAUACGAGCCGUUCGACGAUUACUUCGUCGACGAUAUCACACUCUUCGAUUCUCAUCAGAUUAUCACGGAUUAUCAAGGAUUUCUCAACGAGUUCCACGGACGACCACUGAGGCACGCGAACCCGAAGAACAGCAACAAGAAUCAGCAGCAACGGCAAGGCCGAAAGUAUCCGGAACUGAAGUCGUCGAUACCUUAUCAGAAGGUCAGGUCGCACAUCAGCAACUCGCGCAAUUCCGCCUACACGAGUCUCACGAACAUCCCGGAAACCAGAUUCUCCUGCAGCGAGAGGAGGGGAAUGUUUGCCGACGUCGAAACCAAGUGCCAAGUAAAGUGCCGACGCUGUCGUUUUAACUUUCUAAUCAAUCCCUCGGCUGUCAACGACGGAAAUAUCCGCGGAAAGAAAAGUGGCCCAAACCUCUCGCACGCCCAGCGCGCAACAGUCUCACGGCACGGAAACUGGUCUCCAGUUUCGUUCAUAUUCAAACUCGGUACGGUCAUGCCGAGAAGUCGCAGUGUCUUUACCACCGGACUCCUGCUCGCCGUAUUGGCAGCGCCCGCUUCGCUCAUCCACAUCCACGUCCAGGAACCCGUGCCGGGAAGUAAUUAUUAUGACGAGUUUCAACACUUCCAACCGAUAAUUGGGUUUCGUCGGCCUAUCGUCGUGAAGGAAGAGCCGAAGAAGAGCGAUCAGGAUUUCAGCAAGAUUCCGGGAAUACCUGGGGUAGACUUUCCUCUCUUCCACAGGGUGCCACCUACAAGUUUUUCCUGCGCACACGUACCGGUAAUACCAGGAAUGUACGCAAACGUGGAAACUGGUUGUCAGGCAUAUCACAUUUGUCACGACGGACGUGAAGGCGAUCAGGGCGCCUCUUUCUUGUGCACUAACGGGACACUGUUCAAUCAAAACGAAUUUGCGUGCGACUGGUGGUACAAUGUCAAUUGCGCGGAUGCGCCGUCACUUUACAGAUUGAACGGAGAUCCAUUAAAAAAUCCAUAUGUGCCAAAGGAAACAAAGGACGCGAUCCGCGAGAGAUUGAAGAUCGUUGUUUUAUAAGUGUAAUUAGCUACGUAGCUGUUGAAGGGGAAAGAAAGCGGAACAAGUUUAUAUUUAUCCGUAUACGCGUUAUAUAAAUUCGUUAUUUUUCAUGCCAACAUACUUUUUAUACAUUUUGUAUAAGAGUUAUGCUGCAGCUCGAGUGCAACUACGAUUCGUGAUGAUGAUUACACUCCACUGUAAUCGUAUAAAAUUAUAUAAAUCCAUUGUUGAUUAUUUCGACUGGCAAUAAUAUUGAGGACAAUUGGGAGGAACGCCGUCUAGCUAAAACCAAAAAGUUCUGAUUUCUUUGGAGUAUCUCGAUAAUCUAAUAAUAGGCUGAAAUUACUUAUUCUUACAAAUUGCAAUAAUAAAAAUGACGAAGAAUGAUGUGAGGAUGAACAGUAAAAAUUGUUAUUCGAUAACGAACGAUUUCUCGGCUCGGCUCGAUCGAAUGUUCC